GUUAUUUUUGUGGGACUAGUUUAUUUGCUCUAUUGGAGCUGUGUUUGCAAAUUGCAUAUAUAAAAAGUCAGAGAAUUUAUGGUUCUGCAACACAACUAUGUUUCAUGUGAAGCAUGACUUAACUCCAUGCAUGAGAGUUUCUCCAAACUCUAUCAACAAAUAGUCUUGAAGAUCUAGUAAGGGUAGAUUUGUGUGUAUAUAGCCUUAUAUACCCUAUCAGUUCCUGUAGAAGGUGUUGAUGGAUCCUUCUGGAGAAACAGAAAAGUGUAGCAGCAAUGAAUCUGGAUGGACAAUGUAUAUUGGUUCUCCCAACCAUGCAUAUGAUGAUGAUGAUGAUGACCAAGAAGACUACUAUGAUGAUCAUCACAAUAAAGUCAGGGUGAGAAGCAAGAAUUUUGAUAGUGAUGACUCUAUGGCUUCUGAUGCUUCUUCAGGCCCCGUUUAUCACGAAAUCUGUCAAAGCUUGGAAAGAGUCCAUGGGAAGGAUAAACUCAAGUCUGGAGGUGAGAAAGACAACUCCAGGAAAUCCACAGCCAAGCAGCACCAGAAAGAAGAAGAUAUUAUGUUAAGUAAGAAAAAGACUAAACUGGAAAGAGAAGAUGCUUAUAGGGGAAAGAGUUCUUAUGGUAAAAACAGAUCAGUUCUAAGAAAGAAAUCCAGCUCGGAGUAUGUACUUUCCGAACCUCGGAUCAAAAUGAGGAAUUAGGUAAAGGAGACAAUGAUAUCAGUGAAGUUCAAAAAAGAAGUCAUUUUUUACUCAAUACAUAUGCAGAGAUCAUCAGUUUUGUGUGCAGCAUAUAAGAAAUGUUAAAAUAGUAAUUUUAUUUAUUUAUUUAUUUAAUUAUUUGAAAAUUUAAGAGCGCAGGUCAUGUAAGUAAAUCAGCUGCCUUAUCUUCCAAUUUAUUAAAGUGAGAACUAUUUGUAAUUUGUAAUAAGGAAUGUUCAAUAAAAUAAGAGUCACCUGAAUUUAUUGUUUUAAGCUACCAGAAAGAUACGAAUAAAUAAAUAUAUUUG